AUGGCUGUAGCAAGAUGGAUGCAUGAUGCUUGCAUUCCAAUUAAUGCUAUGAAUUCUAGUUAUUAUCAACCUAUGUUCAAUGCUGUAGCUUCUUAUGGUCAUGGAUAUAGAGGCUCAAAUUAUCAUGCCCUUCGAGUGCCUUUGUUGAGAGACGCAAAAAGAGAAGUCCAAUUGAUUGUUGAUUCUCAUUGUUCAUAUUGGGCUGACACUGGUUGUACAAUAAUGGCUAAUGGGUGGACUGAUACUAGGUAUAGAACAUUGAUUAAUUUUCUUGUCUAUUGUCCUAAGGGAAUUAUUUUUAUACGUUUUGUUGAUACUUCUAACUUGGUUAAAGAUGCUAUUAAUUUGAGUAACUUGUUUGAUGAAAUUGUUAGUUGGGUUGGGCCUGCAAAUAUAGUACAUUUGGUCACUGAUAAUGCUGCAAAUUAUGUAGCUGCUGGAAGAAUUUUGUGUGGAAAAUAUAGGAACACUAGUUGGUCACCUUGUGCAGCACAUUGCCUAAACCUAAUUUUUAAGGAGAUUAGGAAGAUGGAUCAUGUAGCUAAACUUGCAAAGCGUGCAUUCAAGAUCACAACGUUCAUCUAUAACCAUGUGGCUUUGCAAGCUUGGUUGAGGACUAGAAAAAAUUGGACGAAAAUUGUGUGUCCAGGGCCAACUAGGUUUGCUACUACUUUCAUUGCCUUAGAGAGUCUUAAGGAACAUAAGCAUGACUUACAAGCAUUGGUGACUAGAAAAUUUUAUGUUGAAUCAAGAUAUGCAAAAGAUAAGAAAGCAAAGGCAGUGGUGAAAAUUAUUCUUGACAAUCAAUUUUGGAAUGAUUGUCAUGUCAUUGUGCAUAUUAUGUCACCAUUGAUUCGUUUAUUACGCAUUGUUGAUUCUGAUGAAAAACCAACUAUGGGUUAUGUAUAUGAUGGCAUAGAUAUUCAUGCUGCUGCUUAUUGGUUGAAUCCUGCAUUCCAAUAUGACUCAUCCAUUCUUAAUAAGAGGCUAGAGACACAAUUGGCCGUGACAGAUGUUAUUGAAUCAAAAGUUUCAGUUGGUCGGUUGAAGUUGGUGGAGGAAUUAAGGCUAUUUCGAGAGCGUGAACAAACUUUUGGAACCCAACUUACUCAAGAAUUAGCCAAGACAUCUCAUCCGGGUAAGAUAAUAGUCAAAAGGAAGAAGUUCAAUUUUGAUCCUAUUGAUUAUGCAAGUAUCGAUAAAACUGAAUUUUGGGUAGUGGAAGAUGAGGAACCUCCAUUUCUUGAUCAUGAGGAGAUAGAGAAUGCAUUAUAUGAAGAGGGAGCCUAUCGAAUUGAAGAAGGAUCUUCUAGCCAUGUACAAAGAGAUAUGGACAAUGAAGUGAUUGAGGAUGAUGAUGACAUUAAUUUGGAAUCAUUUGGUGAUGAAGAUGAUGCUCCUCCCGGAUUUAGAGAUAAAAAUAAUCCUAUUCAUGUUGAAGAUGAAGAAGAUGAAGAUGAGGAUGAUGAUAAUGAUGCUAGUGGUGGAGCAUUUGGUUCACAUGAUGAUAUUGAUUUCAAUUUUCUUCAUAACAAAUGA